AUGACUAUGCCAGUCGUUGACAAAUCAAAUUCCCUAAGCUGCGCCACAUGGCGUGACCAUGUUAUCCACGAUCAAGAUGCGAUAUACCCUUCUCCUCCUGCUUCGCACGAAACUGUAACACAAGAGGCUCUAUCAUCUAUGGACGUAUUAUGUCUUCCUCCGUUCUGGGAGACAAGUCGUGAUAGCAAUCUCACAAUUGCCCUCAUUAACGCUCAACGUUCAGAGCGUCGUGCAGAGUAG